CUGAUCCUCAGGCUGGCUUUUGGCAGCGGCAAUUGGGCUUCUUCAUCAGACCUUUCUACAAGAUGAUGCUGGGGAAGCCCAUAACCCUGAAGGACAUGGAGUCAGUGGAUAGUGAAUACUACAACUCUCUGAAGUGGAUCCUGGAAAAUGACCCCACCGAGCUGGAUCUCACGUUUUGCAUAGAUGAGGAAAACUUUGGGCAGGGAUUCACAGAACUGCUUCCUAUCGACCCAAUUAAAAUUUUUGAUGAAAAUGAGCUGGAGUUACUGAUGUGUGGCCUUGGUGACGUGGAUGUCAGCGGCUGGAGACAACACACCAUCUACAAAAAUGGUUACUGCCCAAAUCACCCUGCUGUGCUGCUGAUGGACGCUGAGAAGUGGAUCCGGCUGCUGCAGUUUGUGACCGGGACGUCCCGCGUGCCCAUGAACGGGGCAGGACAGGGGCGGGACCGGGCAGUCCCAGAAGGCAGAGCCCGGGAGGAACCGGGAUGA